CACCUGCCCCGGCUCUCAGAUCGAUGAAGAGUGGCCUUGAAUACAUCUGAAUGAUUGCUCUAUAUAUUAGAUCAAUCUCAAUUAAUUAACUCUGUAAUGAACAACUCCCCGCAACGCACUCCGAAUAUGCCGAGAUUCCCGAGCGCACCGAGAAAUGAAGCUACAGCAACCCAACCGCCAGAUUUAAAGAGCAUACUGCGCGUGAGACAACUUGCACGUAUCCGAAAAGCAUGUCUGCCUUGUAGGGAGAGAAAGGUGCGCUGUAAUCAUCAGCAGCCCUGCCAAACAUGCGUCAAGCGUGGCCAUUCGGAUCUCUGCUUCUACGACCAACCUCGGGCGUCAGCAAGUCCAACUCCACAACCUCACCAACCAGAAUCUCAGACCGUGACGGACUUGGAUCAUCAAAACAUCAACACAACACAACCGGAGCGUCCUGUCAGCCGCAAUGACGAUGUAUCCAACCCAAGUCCAUCAUUGCUAGGCGAACACUCCAUAAUCUCGGUGGCAAGGCCAGAUACCACCCAACCUCAUUCAAACAAUGAGCGUCGCACUGCGUUCAAAACAGGAAUUCUUCCACUUCUGGGUAUGGAUGGCGCUUCCGAUGGUGGACGUGGCACCCCGGCAGGACGCUCAGAAACAACGCUGGCUGUUGAUCAAGACAUGAUCUCUCUAUUUGGCUUCUAUCGGGAUAGGGUUCACUCUUUUCAGUUCGUCGUCGACGACCUUGCUGAAAUCGAGAAGCUCAUAUGCUCUCUCUUGAAUCGCGAAGUUCAGGCACAGCAGGUAGAUAACCAUAGCCUUUGCCUUCUUCAUGCUAUAAUGGCGGCUGGGGCGCAAUUUUCUGACUUGCCCACUUCUACACGACUGUCCAAGUCCAGACAAAACUUACAUUCCGCUCUCGGGUAUUUGGGGUCUUUUGACCUGUUAUGGAAUCCUUCCAAGAGACUAAUCCAAGCAUUGCUCAUUCUUGGUCAUGUUUUGCAAAACGACAUGAAUCCCCGUGCAGCCUGGAUCCUCGGCGGCACCACGGUCCGCGUUGCCCUAUCUGUUGGCCUCCAUCAGCCUCUGAAUCACUGCGCUCUCAAUCUCUCGCCUGCAGAAGCGCAACAUUUAAGGCUCGCGAUUGUUUGGCAAGAUGCCCUUCUCUCAUUAGCGUUUGAUAGACCCCCAGCUUCUCAUGAAAUGGACCUAGAGUCAGACCUUCCAGCUCUGGUAUCGCUAGAUCCCCCUAGCCAACCUCUUGAUUACCGACAGGCCAUGAACUGGCUAUGUCAUCUGAGCUUUAGACAUUUACCAAGACUUCCCCAGACAGAGCCAGUCAGAAACUAUAGCCGCCUUUUUCAUGACUUCGACCUGUACGAGUCUUCUCUAGCCACUCACCUACAGGAUUUACAGCGCUGUACCUCUAUCCAAGAGCUGCAGCAACACUAUAGUCUGAUCGUCCACCGGUACUUCCUUCUUUCUACCCUCUGUCGGCCUGUACUGUCCUCACAGAACAAAACAAAGUUCACAGAAGAAGAAUGCUCUGUGAUCUUGAACCGCUUUCAAAGUGCUCUGAAAAGAAGUGCCCGCGCCUUCAUCAAGCUACGCUCAAUUUCGAACCUCGCAACCCGUUCCUGGGCCUUUGUUCACAAUGGUCUUGCCUCUGCACUCUUGUUGAGUUUCAUCCGGCAGGGCUCCGACGCUCAAGUUCAAGACUCGCGAGAAAUACUAGCUGAACUAGUUAAAACGUUGACUGACCGCAGUGACGAUGUUGGACAGUUCUCUGCGGCGCACAAGAAAGCGCUCAGGGCAAUUCAGGCUCUCCAACGAUCGUCAAUGGAGGAGACCAGAUGCCAAAGUGAGAAUUCGUCUCAAGAGCACCCAAAUGCGGGUUAUACGGAGAACAUGACUAUUCUGCCAGAGCACUUCAGUAACACUCAGGAACAAAGUAUGGUUAGCUUGGAUGAUUGGCUUCGAGACUUUGACUUUGACACAUUUUCUCCCCUUGAAUCAUACAAUUUCAUCAUGUCGGACCAGGUGCCACAAGAAUUUGGUCUCUAGGCCCUCAUCUCUACAACGAAUUCCGAUACCAUCAGAUCAUAUACUAAGCUUAUCAUAAAGUGUUCAGAUAAAAUAAUAUGACG